GAAACAGAGGAGACCGGUCACCCUCUCAUCCUCGGACAUGUGGCGCUCCCAGCAGCGGCAGCAGCGACAGCAGUAGAGGAGGCACUAGUAGCAGCACAGAGGCAGCAGCAGUGUUGACUGCGCGGCGUAGCCUUCUACGUCUUUGGGGCUUCUUUUGUGUUUAAUUUCCCUUCUUUUUUGUGUCCUUUGGUAAUGAGCUUGCUGGGGGCCUACAAGAAAAAGACCAGUUACGAUGGAUAUGAAUCUUUGCAGCUCGUCGAUAGCGGCGGGGAUAGCUUCAGCGUCGGCAGAGGCAGCAGCAGCGGCGGAAGCACACUCGGAGGCUCCAUAGCGGCCACCCUUGGACCGAAGGCAGGCCCGCUGAGAGAGGAGGACUGCAGCACCAUGGACAGCUCAGAUAUGGAUGCAGGCUAUGGUGGAGGACUGUUGGAUAUGGUCAAGGGAGGAGCUGGCAAGUUCUUCAGCAGCUUUAAGGACAACCUGAAGGACACGCUGAAGGACACCUCCACCAAGGUCAUGCAUCAAGUUGCCACUUAUACCAAAGGGGAGCUGGACAUUGCCUACAUAACAUCACGGAUCAUAGUGAUGACCUAUCCAGCUGAGUCAGUGCAGAUUGGCUACCAGAACCAUGUCGAAGACAUCCGCUCCUUCCUUGACAGUCGACAUGCUGACCACUACACUGUUUUCAACCUAUCACAACGUAACUACCGUGGGGCCAAAUUCUCCAACAGGGUUUCAGAGUGUAAUUGGCCUUCACGCCAAGCACCCAGCCUCCACAACCUCUUCGCUGUGUGCAAGAACAUGCACAACUGGCUCAAACAGAAUCCCAAGAAUGUCUGUGUAAUCACAUGCUCGGAUGGUCGGGCUCCUUCAGGUGUUUUGGUCUGUGCCAUGUUCUGCUUCUGCCACCUCUUCAACAAUCCAGUUCCCGCCAUGCAGCUGCUCAGCGCCAAAAGGCCAGGUUCCGGCCUCUGGCCUUCACACCGCAGGUACAUAGGCUAUGUAUGUAGCAUGGUAUCAGAGAAGCCUAACCUACCCCACUCGAAGCCCUUGAUGAUCAAGGCCCUCACUAUGAGUCCGAUCCCCUGUUUCAAUAAGCAGCGUAGCGGCUGUCGGCCCUUCUGUGAUGUCCUCAUUGGAGAGACUAAGAUCUUCACCACCGCACAGGAGUAUGAGAGGAUGAGAGAGCACCGGGUCCAGGAUGGCAAGGUAGUUUUCCCUCUGGGUGUAAGCGUACAAGGAGAUGUUGUGGUUUCAGUCUACCACAUGAGGUCAACCAUUGGAGGACGUUUGCAGGCCAAGGUGUCCAACACUCAGAUCUUCCAGAUUCAGUUCCAUACUGGCUUCAUUGGUCCUGGAACCACUAUGUUAAAGUUUAACAAACCAGAACUUGAUGCCUGUGACUCUCCAGAGAAAUAUCCCCAGCUUUUCCAUGUGAUACUGGAUGUGGAGGUAGAAGGGGUGGACAAACAGAAAGACCUGACACCACCAUGGGAACAGUUCCCCUGUAAAGAUCUGAGCCCAAAUGUGCUCUUCUCUGGCCACCAGGAACACCAGGAUGCAUUGGCUAUUGCUGAGCCAAGCCGGUCCCAGGGAGGUCCAGAUGGUCGGGGCCGCGGCGAGGAGAGCGAGCCGUCAGAUGAUGAAAUGCUGUCUCUCUCCAACCAACAAAGCACUACCAGUGCAGCCCACCAGAAACCUGACCUACCUGCUCCAGCCUCUGCCGUCCCUGCUCCUGCUGAGGAAGUGGAUCUUCUUGGCCUAGAAGGGGACGAGGUCAACCACCCAUCAUCUCAGCCCCCACCUACAUCAGCUGCAACCACCGACCUCCUAGGGGACUUGUUUGGAGCCCCACCUCAGCCAACCAGUGGGCCUUCAUCUGCCCAGUCCACUCCACACAAAGUUGCCCCCAACACUGCCUCGCCAUGCCCCUCACCUGCUCCACCAGCAUUUAAUCCUUUUGGGACGGGUGCCAUGCCUAAGCCUCAGGAUAUGAUGGGUUCAUUCCUCGGACCAGGUAAAGUGGGGCAGCCAGACCCUUUCCUGCAUGCUGCUCGCUCACCAUCACCCACCCUGCAGCCUACAAGCGUCGGUCGGAGUUCCCCCGUCCCACCUACCACCCCUACUGUCAACAUUCAGCAGCAAAAUGCCAUGGGCGGAUGGGACUGGAACAGACCUGCUACCACAAGCACAGGAGGUUUUGGUGUGGGCAGUCGGUCAGCCACUACCAGUCCCACUGGCUCAGUCCACAGCACCCCCACCCACCAAACCAAGCCAAACACUCUGGACCCAUUUGCUGAUAUCGGCAACUUGGGGGGAAGCCUUGGAGGAGGUUCUGGCUUCUCAAGCAAGCCCACCACCCCUACUGGGACAACCCCUUCCUUCCCUCCAAUGGGCUCCCCAUCGAGGCCUCCACCAUCUCCCCAGCAUACAGGAGCCUGGCAGCCCCACACAGGAGGCAAUUUCCCCUCGUGGCAGCCCGGUGGAAGUGGUGGAGGGUGGCAACCACAGGGACAGGGUCCCACUCCACAGCCAAAGCCCAGCCCCAGCCACACUUCCAUGCCUCACACAUCUCCCCAGAAUCGACCCAACUACAAUGUUAGCUUCUCUGCAAUGGGAGGAGGCUCACCUAGCGCAGCGGGAAAAACACAGGCUGGAAUGGGUUCGAAGCCCAAAGCCUCAGAUGCCAACUUUGAUGACCUGCUGUCUGGUCAGGGCUUUGCAGGGACCAAAGAGAAGAAAGGACCCAGGACUAUAGCAGAGAUGAGGAAGGAGGAAAUGGCCAAAGAAAUGGACCCUGAGAAACUAAAGAUUCUGGACUGGAUUGAGGGGAAGGAGCGUAACAUCCGUGCUCUGCUUUCCACCAUGCACACAGUGCUUUGGGAAGGAGAGACACGCUGGAAGCCUGUGGGCAUGGCUGACCUGGUUACUCCAGAACAGGUCAAGAAGGUCUACCGCAAAGCAGUCCUGGUUGUUCAUCCAGAUAAGGCAACAGGACAACCAUACGAACAAUAUGCCAAGAUGAUUUUCAUGGAACUAAAUGAUGCCUGGUCAGAAUUUGAGAGCCAAGGACAAAAACCUCUAUACUGAGUGAAGCGUGAGAAGACUUGAGUAAGGAGAUGAUGUCCCUGCUGAUUCUGUCAUCUAAUCCUUAAAGUAUUACCACCUCUGGUCCGCAUACUGCAGCCACACCCUGCAACAACUGCCUUUAUACCCAUGCUUUGACUCGUGCUCCUCUUCUCGCCACACAAAAGCAGAACUUCAGAGAUGACAGACUAUAGAACAGCAUCCUGUGCCCAGACUAGAAGCUCAAACAAACAGCUGCCUCUCUGUAGCUCUAAUAUCCAUACUGUAUGUAUGUGAUGCAACACUUUCCUUCCUUCUUCCAAGUCCACACCCCCAAAUCAUCCCAUCCAUAAAUAAAUAAAUAAAAUCACUGGGAUGUCAAGGAGUCAGAUCAAAAGAGAGCAAGAGCUGAGGAUCUUAUGAGCUGAGAGAAAAAGAAACACCAGGGAAUAAACUGAGCAAGCGAUUCUCAGACUGCUCUACAUACGUGCUUCAGAGCAUGAGAAAGUCUGUGAGGCACAGCAAGCAUUUAACAGCAUUCAAGCAUUUCUGAUGUCAAUUUUUUUUUAGAUACUUUGAGCGAACACUGAAUUCGAGAUCAGUUCAGUCAUAUCAAAUCCACAGUUUUUUCAUGCAAUUGAAUGCUCCUAGAAAUAAGAAACAAAACAGCGGCAUCAAGUAACUGCAUCUUUAACUUAAAACAGACUGUUUACAAAUGAACUGUGAUUGGAUUAGAAAUCUGUGAUUACAGGUUGGCUUUCCUCUGAGCCUCAAAAUUUUGCCUGCUGAGAAUAACUGAGGAAGAAAAAAUUUAUUAAAGUAGAACUGCACAGUAUCCUUGCUUAAAAAGUGAUUGCAUAUUAUCAUGAAGGAUAUCAUGUGACAGAUCAAAGCAAAAAACUGUAUUUUUCUGAAGGAAAGUUAAUAAGAAUUGGUGUGUCUGAUAUAUUGAAGCCUUGUGUAUUUCCAUGGGGAACUGGGGAUUGUAUGUUUUAGGAUUAGCACACUUACUGUUCCUUACAUGAAGCACCUUGAGGCCUCACGUGCACUCACUCAUCCAACAAUGUAUUUUUGCUCUACAUCUCUCUGAAAGCACAAACUGAUGAAUUUAACCAGUGCAGCUCUGAAGGAAGGCAAUCCAUGUAUUCAUUUAUUAGCUAAAAUUAAAUGUGUAUGUCAUCUCCUGAUGAGACAAAGUUCAAGACUUUCAGGUCAUUAUGUUAAACCAAGUUUUGUAUGUAAAGACUUUGAUAGUCUAUGAAAUACAUACUUCAGCCAAAAUAUUAAAACCACUGACAGGUAAGGUGAAUCUCAUUACAGUGCAGCAUUCCCGCUAGGAAACAUUAGGAGAUUCAUGUUUAUGCGAGACUAUUAACAUCGCUCCUAGCCUCCAGACUACCCAGAUCCCAAUCUGAUCAGUGAUCAGAUUUAAUGUUAAGACUGGGUACUGUAUUUUCCGAGCCACAGAAAUGACACUGAUGUGCUUAAACACAAACUAACGAGGACAUGAUGAGUUCUGUUUCGCGUUGCUAUAUUUCGCCGUUUCAUAUCACGCUGAUCUGUUUCAUCAAAACACUGACUUGCAACAGUUCCACUAUGUUUUGCUUGUGAUUACUUGAUUUAUUUUUUUUACUUUUUGCUGCAUGUUCCUUUAUAAUCAGGAGAAAAGACUGGGGUAAGCACCACAUUCAUAUGACCAGCAAGCUACAGCCAUUAAAAAAGUUUUUUUUAAUAUCUGCAGGUGUUUCCUACCCUAACAUGUGAACAUAAAUCUCUCUCCAUAUAGUUUUAUUAUUAUGCUAAUUUUUGAUGCGUUUGUUCCACUUUUACAUACAAUUACUGAUGUCACCAUUCUGUGCUAAAAGUAUUUCAUAAUUGUGGAGUAAAGUGGGGCAAAGGACAAAAUAUGCAAUAACUAAAAAGCAGACAUCUCUGUUAAGACAAUAAUCAAUUUUUUUGAAGCGUGAAGUUUUCACAAAACACUAAUUAUCCUACAAGAUCCCCACCUAUCAGCUUAAACCAUUUUGACCUGCUGUUUGAUAUUUUCUCCACACACGAAUUCAGAGAAAUGUUUAACUUCUGAUGUUCAUGAAUGGUUGACGAUCUUUACAGUUACUGUCUUCAUGCUCUCUGAUUUGUACAUGGAGCUCAAAGAUGUGACAUUUUCUGUUGGCAUCAUACUGUCUUUUCCCUUCAUUAGAGUUUAUUCUUCCAGUUUGUUCAUCUGCAUUAAGGAUGUUGACUGAAUUCUGACCAGCGUAAGAAAAUAGUGUGAGGCGUUGUUUCAUCAGCGAGAACCCCGAAUGGAUCCCAAUACAGGAUAAUCGUGUUUUGACUGAAAUGGGUCCUUGAACAAGACCCUGGGUCUCAGGCUGAAAAUACUGAACUUUAAUCUGGAGGUGACUGCUUUCUUUGUCGACUUACAAGAUAUGAGAAGUGUGCCGUAUGUGUUGCUCCAUUUACACUGAGGACCUACAUGUGAAAUAACCCUCAUAGACUCCCUCGCUGACUGAAUCUGCAAUUUUACAGCUAUGUUAAAAAGCUAACCUCUAUAUUGUAGUCAGUGGAUGUGUGUUUGAUCCUGUGGUAUGUAUGGGGGGUGGGGGAUCAGAUUUGCAGAGUACUGUAAGUUAUGUGUUUGCCUGUCUGCUGUUCAAAUAUUACUUAAACGUGUAAAGAUUCUGUUCAUGUGUUUCUUUUCAGUUCUGUUUACAGGGUGUACAUAAUGAUCAAGUGCAGUGCACAAAAAUAAACAAUAAACAGAAACCAGAGCAGAGUGA